AUGAAGGCAUCAAAAGCAAGUGCCUCUCUCAUCGUCUCCUUUCUUCUCAUCCUUCCUUUAAUCCAUUCCUUCGACUAUCACCAUGCUCUCUCCAUUAGUCUCCUCUACUUCGAGUCCCAACGCUCCGGCCGCCUCCCCUACAACCAAAGACUCACUUGGCGCCACCAUUCCGGCCUCGCCGAUGGCCUCCGUCAAGGGGUGGACUUGGUUGGAGGGUACUACGAUGCUGGUGACAACGUGAAAUUCGGUUUACCAAUGGCGUUCACCAUCACAAUGCUGUCGUGGGGUGUCAUUGAAUAUGGAGAACAAAUGGCGGCUGCUGGAGAGUACACUCACGCAUUGGAGGCCAUCAAGUGGGGUACUGAUUACUUCAUCAAAGCUCAUUCGCACCCAAACGUCUUUUGGGCGCAGGUGGGCGAUGGGGCAACGGAUCACUACUGCUGGCAGCGGCCAGAGGACAUGACAACGUCGCGACGAGCCUAUAAGAUCGACGAAAACAACCCGGGUUCCGAUGUUGCCGGAGAGACCACGGCGGCAAUGGCAGCUGCAGCAAUUGUGUUCAGUAGAACAAACCCACAUUACUCGCAUCUACUGCUCCACCAUGCACAAGAGUUGUUUGAAUUUGGUGACAAGUACAGAGGGAAAUAUGAUGAGAGUAUUGAAGUGGUAAAAGGGUAUUAUUCGUCUGUGAGCGGGUACAUGGAUGAGCUACUAUGGGCAGCAAUGUGGCUAUACAAGGCAAGUGGAAGGGAAGAAUAUUUGAAGUAUGUAUUGGAAAAUGGUUUGAAUUUUGGUGGGAUUAGUUGGGCCAUCAAUGAGUUCAGUUGGGAUGUUAAGUAUGCUGGUCUCCAAAUCCUUGCAUCCAUGUUGCUAGCAGAAGAAAAGCACAAGGAACAUAAGUUCAUACUAGAAGCAUACCAUUCAAAAGCAGAGCAUUACCUUUGCAGUUGCCUCAACAAAAACAAGAACAACUCGACUAACCUAAAACGCACCCCAGGGGGUUUACUAUACACCCGCAAAUGGAACAACCUCCAAUACGUCACCACCGCAGCUUUUCUUCUCACCGUCUACUCCGACCAUCUCCGAGCCUCAAAUCAACGCCUCAAAUGCGAUCAACACGAAGUGGGCCCUCAAGAGAUGUUGACUUUGGCUAAAUCCCAAGUCGACUACAUCUUGGGGGCUAAUCCAAUGGCCACGAGUUACUUGGUCGGGUUUGGUCCACGGUACCCCCAAAGGGUGCACCACAGAGGAGCGUCGAUGGAAUCGAUUAAAGAGAAUGGGGGAUUUAUCGGGUGCGUGCAGGGGUAUGAUAAUUGGUAUGGUCGUGUUGAUCGGAACCCUAAUGUGCUGAUGGGUGCUGUGGUGGGUGGGCCCAAUGAAAAAGAUGAAUUUUAUGAUGAACGGUCUAAUUAUAUGCAGACUGAAGCUUGUACUUACAAUACGGCGCCGUUGGUUGGUGUAUUUGCCAAAUUUAAUCGAUUAAAAUCUGAAGGCAAGAAUUUUAGACUAUAA